AUGGCUUUACGGUUUGAUGGAAAAGUUGUAAUUGUCAGUGGUGCAGGAAAUGGUCUCGGAAAGAGCCAUGCCUUAUUCUUCGCAUCUCGUGGGGCUAAAGUGGUCGUGAAUGAUUUGGGUGGUGGAACAACUGGAUCUGGCUCUGGCAAACGUUCAGCAGACCUCGUUGUUGAAGAAAUUCGUGCUGCUGGCGGAACAGCUGUAGCAAACUAUGAUUCGGUCGAAGACGGUGACAAGAUCGUCGAGACUGCUAUCAAGGCUUUUGGUACCGUUCAUAUCGUUAUCAACAAUGCCGGUAUUUUGCGUGAUAAAUCUAUCGGUAGAAUGACUGAUGAAGAUUGGUUUUUGAUCUACCGUGUACACGUUUGGGGAACGUAUAAGAUCACCAAAGCUGCAUGGCCCCACUUCCAAAAACAAAAGUACGGACGUGUGAUCAACACUACCAGUGCUGCAGGAAUCUACGGAAACUUUGGACAAGCAAACUACGCUUCUUGCAAGCUGGCCGUACAUGGCUUCACUCUUUCCCUCAAACUUGAGGGUGCCAAGCACAACAUAAAUACAAACACGAUUGCACCUCUGGCUGGAACCCGUCUCCUUGCAUCAGUUGCACCUGAGCAAGUCUUGAAGGCCCUAGACCCCGCAAAGGUUACUCCUCUCGUCGCAUGGCUCACUCACGACUCGUGCACAGAAUCAGGCUCCUUAUUCGAAGUCGGUGCCGGUUGGAUGGCCAAGUUGAGACGCGAGCGUAGUGAAGGUGUUCAAUUCAAAUUGGACGAGAACUUCACUCCACAAGUCGUAAAUGCUCGAUGGAACGAAAUUACCAGCUUCUCGAGAAAGAAUGAAUAUCCCGGAGAACUUAAUGUUGGUGGUGGUGCUUCUCUUGCUCAACGUUUAGAAAAGGCCCGUAACUCUCCAGCCAAUCCCAAACUGCCCAACAUGGAAUUUGAUGGUCGUGUUGUUAUUGUUACUGGCGCUGGAGCUGGAUUGGGACGUGCUUACGCUCUUUUGUUCGGCAAGUUGGGGGCCAAAGUGGUCGUUAAUGAUCUAGGUGGUUCUGCUUUUGGUCAAGGUGCAUCAAAGAACGCCGCAGAUACAGUUGUAGACGAAAUCCGUGCUGCUGGUGGAACAGCUGUCGCCAACUACGAUUCAGUCGUCGAAGGAGAGAAGAUCGUAGCCACCGCUGUGAAGGCGUUCGGAACCGUACACGUUGUCGUUAACAAUGCCGGAAUUUUGAGAGACAAGUCUUUCCAACGCAUGUCAGACGAAGACUGGCAAUUGAUUUUCAAUGUCCAUUUACAUGGAUCAUACAAAGUGAUUCGUGCUGCAUGGGAAUACAUGAAGAACCAGAACUAUGGCAGAAUCAUCACAACUUGCUCCACCGUGGGUAUCUACGGAAACUUUGGGCAGACCAACUAUUCCGCUGCCAAAGCUGCCGUUAUCGCACUCGCCAACACUUGUGCCUUUGAGGGCGCCAAGAACAACAUUUUGGCCAACUGCAUUGCGCCAUCAGCUGGAACUCGAUUGACUGCAACAGUCAUGCCAGAAGAUGUCGUCAAGGUCCUUGAUCCCGCAUUCGUAGCACCAGCAAUCGUCAAACUCUGCCACGACUCUUCAACCGUAACUGGCCGCCUAUUCGAAGUUGGUGUCGGUGCCGUUCAAGAGACACGUUGGGAGAGAACCAAAGGAGUGGGCUUUAAACACGAUGCACCAUUAAGCCCCGAGGACAUCAAGAGCAAAUGGAGCGAAAUUACCGACUUCUCCAAAGGAACAUCUCACCCAACCAGCACUGCCGAGGCUACCCGUGCUGCUUAUGAGAAUGCUGGCCUUGUCGCACGUGCCAAAGUUUAA